AUUAAAAAAUACCCAUGGGAAAUUAUUACACGUCCAUUACAAACGUCACGUAAAGCACCAAAAUCAUCCAAUAAGGCAAAACGAACACCAAAACAACCCAGUGUAGAUAUUUCAAUUUCGGAAUCCGUGAGAGAAGCUAAUAAAAUCUCGGUCGGUAAUCAAGAAUAUUUGAUUGGUCUAGAAACUUUAGAAGUUCAAACUAUGGUUAAAGCUAUUAUUAAAGAAUUUGCUGAUAUUAAAACUACUUUAACUCUUCGUGAAUUAUGGACACCUUCUGCUCAAACAAGAGCGAAAGGCAUACCACGACCUCAAAAUGCAUUCAUGUUACAUCGAAAAGAUGUAUCCAAGGAAUUUUGUCGAGCUCGACAACCUUUAUCCGUUUGUGAUUCAUCUAUCAUUGCUUCAAGUAGAUGGAAUUCUUAUGGGGGAAGGGAAAAAAAGUUUUGGACGGAUUUGGCCUUAGUGGCCAAAACUUUACAUUCAUAUAUGUAUCAAUGA